AACUUGCAAGUUGCAACACUGUUUGUCUCAAAAAUUAACCUCAAAUUUGAAUUGGUGCAUCCAAUAUUACCUAUUUUCAUUUGUUAAUUGUUAUUAAUCAAUUAUCUUAGUUAAAUACACUGAUAAAUUAUUGCUAAAUAGGACCGAUCAUCCCUCAAAUUGUAGACAUGGCGCAACCUGAAAUGAGUGAGGCUGACCAAAUCAAAACAUUCAAAGAUUUCCUGGUCCAGUACAACAAGCUGUCUGAAUUGUGCUUCAAUGACUGCAUACACGAUUUCACCUCGAGAUCACUGAAGCCGUCGGAGGAUAAAUGCACAAUGAAUUGCAUGGAGAAGUAUCUCAGAACAAAUCAGCGGGUGUCACAAAGAUUCCACGAGUUCCAAAUGCUUGCUAAUGAAAAUAUGCUGGCUUUAGCACAGAAGACAGGUCAAAGUUAAUUUUAGUAAAUAAUGAUACAUGAUGUAUUUAUUUUAUUUUGUUAUAGAUUUUUGUCCUGUGUGUUAGAAAAAUACAAGUGUUGUUAAAUGAAGCCUAACAA